CCAAUAAAGUACCCCUAUCUCUCUCUCUCUCUCUCUCUCUCUCUCAUUUUUAAAUCUACUUGGCACAACUCUUCCGCAAUACUUUCUCCAAAUUGAAGAAAAAAUAUUUCAUUUGCAAACUUGUAGUGAUUCAUCUUUGGAUUUUGAUCGAUUAAAAAAGAUGGAGCUUCCAUCAUCACCAACAGCACCACCAUCAUCAUCAUCAAAAUCAAAGACGGAGGUUGUGGAUGCUCCCCUCCAUGCAAUUGGUUUUGAGAUUGAAGAUUUGUCGCCGGAAAAGGUCACCGGCCGCCUUCAAGUCACUCACAAGUGCUGUCAGCCAUUCAAGGUGUUACACGGAGGGGUGUCGGCACUAAUAGCAGAGUCACUGGCGAGCAUUGGAGCCCACUUGGCAUCUGGGUUGCAGAGGGUGGCCGGAAUCAACCUCAGCAUUAACCAUUUGAAACGUGCUGAGCUCGGAGACCUUGUCUACGCUGAAGCCACUCCCAUCAAUGUUGGCAAAACCAUUCAGGUAUGGGAGGUAAGACUCUAUAAGGUUGAUCCUUCAAAUUCGGGAAGCAGAUAUUUGAUAUCAUCUUCAAGAUGUACUCUUCUUACCAACAUGCCUGUCCCUGAACAUGCCAAAAAUGCUACUGCAAAUCUCAGAAAGUACGCAAAAUUAUGAUUUCUUGUUGUGUUUCUCCCCUCUAAAUUCAAUAAAUGUGCUAUAAAUGGAAAUGUUGUAAACCUAAAAUAGUUCUGAUAAGAAAAGAGAGUUAGUGUUGAUCAAUGGUUCGUUACCACCAGGGAUGUACAGCUUGGCUCGGUUAAAACUUAUUUAUUUUGAAUAUCAUCCAACUUGUUUAGUUUCCCUUUUUAGAA